AUGUCCAAGCCCCUGAAGCCAAUGACCCGCGACGAGGUUGCGCAGCACAACAAGGCCGGCGACCUGUGGAUCAUCAUCGACUCGAUCGUCUACGACCUCUCAAAGUUCGGCAAGCUGCACCCUGGCGGCAUCGGUGUUCUGCUUGACAAGGAUGUGGCCGGCAAGGACUCGACGACAGUCUUCUACGGCCUGCACAGGCAGGAGGUGCUCCAGAAGCCGCAGUACCAGCGCCUCCGCAUCGGACAGAUCGAGGGAGAGGAGCCUAAGAUCCGUCUCAAGGGCCCCAGCGACCUCAGCAAGGUGCCAUACGCCGAGCCCGCCUGGCUCACGCCCGACUUUGUCAGCCCGUACUUCAACGACUCGCACCGCACGCUCCAGAAGAACAUGCGCAAGUUCAUCACUGAGGUGGUUGCCCCCGAUGCGCAGGCGUGUGAGGAGAACGGCAAACGACCUUCCAAAUCUGUCCUCGACCAGAUGGCGGCGAACGGCAUGAACCGCAUGCGCAUGGGACCGGGCAAGCACCUGCACGGACGAGACCUGAUGGGCGUCCCGGGCGAGAAGUUCGACUACUUCCACGAGCUGAUCGUGAAUCAGGAAUUCGCCCUCUGCGGUGGACGCGGAUACGUCGACGGAUGCCAGGGCCACAUGGUCAUUGGGCUUCCGCCGAUCAUGAACUACUGCGAGGAGCCGAUGAAGACGCAGGUCAUGGACGAGGUGCUCGACGGACACAAGCUGAUUGUGCUCGCUAUCACGGAGGCGUUUGCGGGUAGCGAUGUCCAGGGCCUUAGGUGCACGGCGACGAAGAAGGAGGACGGAUCCGGAUGGAUCAUCAACGGCACAAAGAAGUGGAUCACGGGCGGCACAAAUGCGGACUACUUUACCGUCGGUGCCAGGACGGGCAAGCACCUGUCUGUGUUCCUCGUGCCCCGUUCCGAGGGCGUCAACACGAAGCAGAUCAAGACGUCAUAUGGCACGACGGCCGGAACCUCGUACGUCACCUUCGACGAUGUCGAGGUGCCCAACUCGGCGCUGAUCGGAAAGGAGAACGACGGCCUGCACGUCAUCCUCGCCAACUUCAACCACGAGCGGUGGAUGAUUGCGUGCCAGACGAUCGCCUACUGCAGGAAGGCGGUCGAGGAGUGUCUCCUGUGGGGAUCUCAGCGUUUCGUGUCGGGCAAGCCCCUGCUCGCUCAGCCCGUCAUUCGUGCCAAGCUCGCCAACAUGAUUGCGCGCACCGAGGCGGCCCAGGCCCUGCUCGAGGCGAUCACGUACCAAAUGUGCAACAUGGACUACAAGAAGCAGAGCGCUGCCCUCGCCGGUCCCAUUGGCUUCCUCAAGAUGAACGCGAGCAAGACUCUCGCCGAGGUCUCGGACGAGGCUGUCGCCAUCUUCGGCGGUCGCGGCCUCACCAAGACGGGAAUGGGCCGCUUCGUCGAGCAGAUUCACAGGACGCGCAAGUUUGACGCUAUCCUGGGUGGAACGGAGGAGGUCCUCGGUGACCUUGGAGUGCGCCAGGCGUGA